AUGUGGGCGGUCCGCGCGCGCCGCAGCUCCUUGGCGUCCGUCGGGCGGCGUCUGUCGUCGUCGCAGUCGAUCCGCUCCGCCCCAUGCGCCUUGCGGUCCGUUUUGUGGGCCCCCACGGAGAAGCAGGCGCCGUCGGACGCCGCGGUGCCCAGCCACCAGCUGCUGGUCCGCGCCGGGUUCGUGCGCAAGGGCGGCCACGGCCUCUUCGCGCUGCUGCCGCUCGGACGUCGCGUGGUGGCCAAGCUGGAGGCUCUGAUCGACGACGAGAUGCUUAAGAUCGGCGGCAACCGCGUGGACCUGACGGUGCUGACGCCCAACGCGCUGUGGAAGCAGUCGGGCCGCUGGCAGAGUCGCGGACCUGAGCUCAUGACGCUCGAGGACCGGCGCGAAGACCUGCUGGUGCUGGGACCGACGCACGAAGAGAGCAUCACCAGCCUCGUGACUGCCCAUUACAAUACUGCGGGGGCGGCGGAUAGUUCGCUGCGGUUGUACCAGAUCGGCCGCAAGUUCCGCGACGAAAUCCGUCCGCGGUUCGGUCUACUACGAGCGAGAGAGUUCGUGAUGAAGGACAUGUACUCAUUUGAUGCUACGUACGACGGGGCAUUGCAGACGUAUCAGGACGUCUCUGCUGCGUACAAUGCCAUCUUGGUGUCGAGACUCAAGUUGCCGGUGAAGCGCGUGGAGGCCGAUUCUGGAAACAUUGGCGGCAAUUUGUCGCACGAGUUCCACGUGCUCGCGGACGUGGGCGAGGACGCGAUUCUGUCGUGCUCGUCAGCUAAGUGUGACUAUGCGGCAAAUGUGGAGAAGGCUGAGGGUGUGUUGCCGUCUGAUGCUUCGACGGAGCAAACUGACGAGGUUUCGGCUGAGCUGGGUGCUAUUAUUGCGCAGCUUGAGGAACAAGCUCGUACUGGAGAUAAGCAUGUGUGGAAGACUGUGAUGGCGCUUCAGGAGGCUGCGGGAACGCAAGGGUUUUCGCUCAAGUUGGACAACUCGCCGCCCCGAAUGGCGCUGUGCUUCGCUCGCCACGACCGUGAAGUAAAUGAACUGGCAGCCAAGCCAUUCAUCGGCGGUGACGAGGGUGACCUGCACUUGCUUCUGGACGAUUCACUGAAGCAUGGCACUCCAGUUGUGGCAGCACUUUGUUCCGCUGCGGAGAUCCUGUCCAAGCAGCUGGAGCAGACUCACCUUGCUUGGGGACACUUCCGCUUGGCACAAGCUGGUGAUCAUUGCUCGCGUUGCAGCGGCGAUGGGGCAGUGCUUGAGGACAAGCGGGGCAUUGAGGUGGGCCAUGUCUUCUACCUCGGCCAGAAGUACUCGAAGCCCUUUGGUGCCACGUACACGGACGCGAAGAACAACAAGCACCCGUUAGAGAUGGGGUGCUUCGGUCUGGGUGUUAGCCGGCUGGUCGCUGCGGCCGUCGAGGCCUCGCACGACGACCACGGUAUCGCGUGGCCCACGGAGAUCGCUCCGUACAAGGUCCUCGUCAUGUCCAUCGGUGGCAAGAAGCAGGACGACCCUGUGUCCCAGGCCGCGUGGCUAAUUGCCGGCCAACUCGCGUCGGGUGAAGUGGCGGGCCUGGUGCGAGACGACGUGCUGCUUGACGACCGCUGGCGCGAAAGCCCGGGCUCGAAGCUGGCCGAAUCCGAGCUCAUCGGAUACCCGUACCGUGUCGUCGUCGGCAAACGCUUCACGAAGGAGGGCCUCGUUGAGGUUCAGAAGCGAGCUACCAUGGAGAAGACGUUCCUGGCACCGGAAGAGCUGCCGGCCUUCUUCGUUGGACUUGUUCAGUCCGGCGCGUUCUAG